CUGGCAGUAUCCCGGCACAAAAUCCCGGAAACGUCUUGUUCGUAAAAAUUCGACGAAUCUCCGGAUGUAAGUUCGAGUCGUGGCAUAAUCGUUUCGGCGUGCGUAUAAAUUGGCGAAAAAAGAGCGUGUUGUCGCGGGUGAUACGCGACGUAUCGUUUUAUGUUGAAUUCGCGAAACGGGCGUGCCUUGGACGAUCGGUGACGUCCCUGACGCGAAAAUAUACAACGACCAGAGGCGGCGAAUAACGAGAACGAGACUGCGACUGCGACAGCGACUGCGACGACGACGAUCACGACGACGACGUCGACGACGAUAACGAGCUGGAGGAGGAGGAGGAACGUCAGCGGUAGUACAGGAACGAGAAGGCGUACAAAGAAAAUAGAGCAACGGCAAACCGGUGACGGGAAGGGAAAAGUACCACGGCGGGGAAGACGAACGCACCGCCGCGUGAUUUUGAACGCGAACCCCAGCUCGUAACUGUCAACGGUCGGAUUCCGAAGUCUCGCGAACUAGGACCGUACCGUGAGUAAGGCUUCUCCGAGUGAAUCGUUACGUUUCUCGUUCGCGUUAACCACGAAUAUCGUCGACGCUCGAUCCGGUGAAGAACCGGCUGUUUCACGGUCCUGGCUACGGCGCGAGAAUACGACUAAAUGACCAUGGACCACGGCAUGUGCAACAUCGAGACCGGCUACAGCAUAAACAUCAAGAGAACGGACGGUCGCGUCCACUCCGCGGUGGUCUCUGGCGUUAAUUGGGAACAACGCACAGUCACCGUAGAAUGGUUCGAGAGAGGAGAGACCAAAGGGAAAGAGGUGGAAAUCGAUGCGAUCCUCGCGUUGAAUCCCGACCUCACCAAUCAGAAAACCAUGGGACCACCUGCUCCGAUCAACAACCACGUGUUGAUGGCUUCCAGAGCGGCGAGGGAUUCGUCGGGCGAAGAGGACGAGGGGGUAGACGAGUCGGAAAACCAAGAGGAGGGCUCCCUUGGACGGCACCCCGCAAGAAACGGCCUCGCAUCCGCAACGCUUCCUCAUUCUACCAAGCCAUCGAUCCCGGUAAAAGCUGGCUCGAAUCGGCAAUUGCCCCGACAAUCGGGUCGACCCACCAACAUAAUAUCACCAGCUCCCCCCUUGAACGGACACGGUGAUUCCGUGACAGGAUUAACUAGCCGCCGAGAAGUGGAGAACAUACCACCGACACCCACCACGCAGACUGUCCCUUUCAACGUGACCACCACCGCCUUGGCUAAGCAAAAGCAGCUACAACAACAGCAGAUACAGUCUCAGCAACAGCAGCAACAACAACAGCAGCAGCAGCAAACCCAGGUCGAGAAUGGUCGAGGUAGAAGAUCGAACGUCGUGAAAGAAGUGGAGAGGUUGAAGAAGAACAGAGAGGAGAGGAGACAGAGGCAAGCGGAACUGAAGGAAGAAAAGGAAGCUCUCAUGAAUUUGGACCCAGGAAAUCCAAAUUGGGAAUUUCUCGCCAUGAUAAGAGAAUACCAAAACAGCAUCGAGUUCAGACCCCUUAGGGACACGGACACCGUGGAGGACCAUCAGAUCACGGUGUGCGUUAGGAAACGUCCGUUGAACAAGAAAGAAAUGACGCGCAAAGAAGUGGACGUGAUCAGCGUGCCCAGCAAGGAUCAGAUGGUGGUUCACGAGCCAAAGGCGAAAGUCGAUCUAACCAAAUACUUGGAGAACCAAAUCUUUCGAUUCGAUUACGCGUUCGACGAGACCUGCAACAACGAGAUCGUCUACAAGUACACCGCGAAACCUUUGGUUCAGACCAUAUUCGAGGGCGGAAUGGCCACGUGUUUCGCGUACGGUCAGACCGGUAGCGGGAAAACGCACACGAUGGGCGGCGAUUUCAACGGGAAAACGCAGGACUGUAAAAAGGGUAUAUACGCGAUGGUCGCCAAAGACGUGUUCAAGUGUCUGAAAUUGGCCAAGUAUCGUCCAUUGAAUUUAGUCGUCUCCGCCAGCUUCUUCGAAAUAUAUUCCGGCAAGGUGUUCGAUCUCCUGGCGGACAAAGAGAAGCUCAGAGUGUUGGAGGAUGGCAAACAACAAGUGCAAAUAGUAGGAUUGACGGAGAAGGUUGUCGAGACUUGCGACGAAGUGCUGAAGCUGAUCCAACACGGAAACAGUGCCAGAACGAGCGGACAGACCAGCGCAAACUCCAACUCCUCGCGAUCGCACGCGGUCUUUCAGAUCAUAGCCCGUACACCGGGCACGCACAAAGUUCACGGAAAGUUUUCUUUGAUCGAUCUUGCCGGCAACGAGCGGGGAGCCGACACCUCGUCCGCCAACAGGCAAACUCGAAUGGAAGGAGCCGAAAUCAACAAAUCGUUACUGGCGUUGAAGGAGUGCAUUCGCGCGUUGAGUCGCAAGGGUACCCAUUUACCAUUCAGGGCGAGCAAAUUGACCCAAGUGCUGAGGGAUAGUUUUAUCGGUGAAAAAUCCAAAACUUGCAUGAUUGCGAUGAUUAGCCCGGGAAUGAGCUCCUGCGAGCACUCGCUGAACACCCUCAGAUACGCGGAUCGAGUGAAGGAAUUAGCCGCGACAGAUCCAACGGAAGUGAAGGUAUCACCGACAGACGACGAUCGAGGAUUGAAGAUCGAAGAGCAGUCGAACAACAGCGUUCUAUCGGACAGCGAUUUGGCGCAGCUUAGGUCGUUGAACGAGGGUGAAAUUUCGCAAGAUCUUUAUACCUUCCACGAGGCAGUAUCCGCGCUGCAAUUGCUGGAGGAGGAAGUUCUGGACACGCACAAAAUGGUCAUGGACAAUACUACCAGAUUCCUCAAUGACGCGCACAGUGUGUUUAGCGCGACGCACGAAGUAGAUUAUGACCAAGAAGAUUUGAGACGGAAAAGAGCUAAGUUUGAGUCGUCCUGCCUGAGGAGGUUCUCGUUGCGUAGACGUCUGAUAGAGAGAAAACAAUUUUCCGACGCGUAUGCCCAAAAGUGGGAACAGCUACUCGUGCAACAACGCGACACCUUGAACUCCGCGAUCGAUCAGGUCAGUCAAUUUCGUGGUCAGCUGUUGCAAGAGGAACAGAUCAGCCAGAAGAUGACGCGAACCCGUAAUUUGCGGUACAAUUAAGCCCAGAUAAUAUCCUUUUUACGAAAUCGAGAUACAGAAGCGCUAAACAUCACGAGAUUGCGAGAGAGAGCGUACGAGCUUAACAAGGACGGAGACGAAGGAGGGAAGGAGGAGACGGACGAGAGAGUAUUUGCCUUUUAUUGUAGCGGGAUGAGAGAGGAGUAGAGCAAAAUCACGAGGUCCAUUUUAAUAUCAAAAGUAAAACGCCCACCACCUCUGGCUUCAUCCUCCGCUCUCUUCCUUCUCCUCGAGAACACGGAGAGAUAAACCGAGUGUAACUCCAGGUGAUCAGGUGCCGCGCGAUUACCGUCCAUUCAUCCUUCUCCUCCUUUAUUCUCCGUUUUCCCCUUUUUAUGCAAUUAAUCGAAACGUUCCGUUUCUCCGUGGUAGCGGCACCCUCGAAUAAAAUCGAGCAUCGCGCGGCGCCUCUCCUCUCGAAUCGCUGCCAAACAUCAUCGUAAACGCUUCACGCUUCGUCCGUUCGAAAGGCAACCGAAUCGCUUUGGAAAGAGCCAAGCGCGAACCGUUUACCGCACCUACGUACAUUUUUUUUUCUUUUUACCUUCUUCUUACGUAUCGCGUAGGUAAACGCGUGUAAAUGUAUACGUAUGUUAAUGGCGCCGCACGCCUUCUCUCUCUAUAUAAUGUGUGUGUAUCGGUGUGUGCUUGUGUGCGUGUGUCGCGUGCGUGCGAGAUAACAAUGGAGGAAAAUACGCGGUAGAAAGGUAUCACCUUUAAAAAUCUUUCCAUCGAAACUCUUUUUCUGUUCGCUGUACCGGUGAUAAAUGUACAAGGUGCGAAGAGUACUCCUUCCCUCCGAAGGUUCCGAAUAAAAUUGAACAAUGAGAAAUCGCAGUGCGCGUCUGUCGAAUCUUGCGCGCCGAAAUUUGUAUUUGAAGUCCUCGUCGAAUCUAUCGCUGCGCGCGACUCUGACCAUCUUCACGCCGGCAGCCGAUUGGCGGGGAGAACUCGGAGGAGGGGUUACAGCCAAUCGGCUGCCUGCGUGAAGAUGGUUAGUCGCGCGGCGCGAUAUUCGAUGAGAUUCAAAUGUACCCGGUUAAUCGUAAUCUUUUGACACGUCUUUUUUUUUCAAUUUUAUCGUGCAACGGAUCAUUUGUGUCAUUGGAUCGAAGAGAAUAGGCUGGCACUUUGCGAUCGACGAUCCCAACGUUCCUAUAAUCUGAGGGGGAUCUGCUACGUACGACGGAGAAAAUCACUGUCAAAGAGAAUCCUCGUAGAGCGGUACUAUUUUAUACGUUCCCGGUGUGUCCUCGAUAAACCAAAUCCCAUCCGAGUUCGACACUGUAGUCGUAGCCGGUCAAACAGAACAAAAAUGUUAAGAUAUAUAUAUUUUUUUUUUUUAGAUUCUAUUGCUAAUCGUUUUAGAUAUUCUUUUAUAUGCUCUCCCCUUGUAUCUUUUUUUUUUCCCCUCGUGAUUUUGUAAUCGAUAUAGCGACGAUUUUUCUUUUUCUCCCGUUUGAUUUCAAUUUAUUUUUGUUUUUUUUUUUUUUUAAUUUUUACGAAAGUGCGGUAUCGAACGGACCGUGUUCCACGGACAGAAAGAGGACGGGCUUUGUAACCGCUGAAAGAUUGGGAGUUAAAAAUAGAUGGGAAUGGAGAACGAACGUGGGAAAGAAACAAGAGAUCAAACGAUAGAUCGUCGACUAAGUUUGUUGACAAGAUUCGAUUUUUAUAGAAAUGUAUUUAUAUAUAGAUAAAAAUUCGCAUGGUUGUAUUGCGUAUAAAGAGGAGAGGAAAAAACAAAGCAUUUGCACGUCUAGCGUUAAGAAUCGCAAAGCAUUCUGUUCACUCGUGAUACGUAUUUUAAUCAAUCGCGCGCUUAAACAGUCGGUGCGAACCAUCUCUGUAUCGUUAUUUUAUCCGAUGAGGCAUCGAUAAUGUUUUAUUAGAAGUAAAGAAAUUAAAGUUUCGUAGAA